UGCGGUUAUCUGGAUGUAAGGAGGAAUGGCGACGGCCGAGACGGUUUUGGAGGCUUGAGUGGAGCUGGAUUUGACCAAACAGAGACGGAUUGUAGGUUUGAAUCCGUUUAUGCCCAGCUGAGCCCCAAAAUGGACAGUGAAAUAACUACCUCCUCUUCAACCAACAACAUCUCACCCUCCUCUCCUCAGACGGCAACCAAAAAGGCCAAUCUUGCAAUAAAACAGCGAGACAGUAAAAAACCCACCUCCACAACCCCUGCCUUUCUCUGCAACCUGGGGAGAGCCACGCUGCGGGGCAUUCGCAAGUGUCCUCAGUGUGGUGUCUAUAACGGCACCCGUGGACUCAGCUGCAAGAACAAGGCCUGUGGAGUGUCCCUUAGAAAUGUUUCUUCAGAGGGUAAAAACCUCAAGAAAUGUGCAGUGCAAGUGGUGAAGGUGAUAACAGACAGCAAUGAGACAGAGGGCAAAGAGCAAGGGGACGGAGAAGUCCUGGGUGGCGGCUCAGGUGGAGGAGCACAGGUGUUUUCGGUGUGUCACAAAGGAAGAGGAGCCACAGCUACACAGUGGGGCUUUGUUGAGCUAGUUCCUACUGACACAGCCAUAGCAACUGGGGAUGGGGCCACUCUUCUGACCCGCAUCAACCUGGGGCGAUGCUUUUUGCCUACUUGCAGGCAGGGUCAGAAGUCAAAUCAGCGUGAGUCGGAAUCUGCAGCCAAGCAGUCCUCUGACAGCCUUUGCAUCCACAUCAAGCAAGCCAUAGAGUGUCAGAGCCAUGCAGCACCCCUAACCUUCAAAAGCUCUGUCCUGGAGGGUUUGCAGGUCUCCAUUCAAGUUAGAGAUGAGUUGUGGAGGCUGGCCACGGAGUCCCCUGGGCCCUUGGUGCAGCGUGUUUCCAAAGACACGCUAGUGGUGAAGUGCCACACUGACUCUCAACAUCCUCUGGGGCUCCUGCAUCUCACUGUAGGGGCAGCAGGGCCGUCAGAAGCUGUAAAGGGCGAGAGAAGUGUCUUUCAGUGUGCCUGCCAAGGUCACACAAGAAAAAAUAAACCUGGUGUGGAUGGAUCAGUCGGAUCAGUGAGCUCUAACCUUCCUCCUAGAGCGCUCACAGCACAGCCCUGCCUUCACUUCCACGCCUGUGUAUGCGCCUUUGCAAGCAACGAGAGGCUGGCUUCAGAGUUUGCAGCUUUCAUCAACUACACUUCCAGUGGUUUCCAGAAUGCUUCCAGCAGAAUAAAUCCCAGUGAGAAACCUCUGCUGCAGGCUGAACCUGCAGACUCCCAUCAAAAAGCCAAGAAGCUCCGCCUGGAUGAAUCCACCUCAGCCCCCUCCGUGGGCUCUCGCCCUGCGGUGUGGAAGGAGGGAGUGUCCGCCACCACCUUUAGGAAAGCUGGUCAGAGAAAAGUCGCUGGCGGGCUGAAGGCUGCAGGGAGCGCUCAGGUUGUGGAUGAGCGCACAGUGACGAUGGGCUUCCAUCGGUGGCUGGCCAGUGUGACAGAGAGGAUCCACCAGACCAUGCACUUCCAGUUUGAUGGGAAACCACAGCCUUUAGUCUACCACAUCCCCCAGGAGUUCUUCAACGUGCUGCAACAGCGUCUGUCGCUGGGAUCCAAGAAGAGGAGACUUCCCAACAUUUCAAAGGCGUUUGUCAGGAAUGAUGGACUUCCUCCUGGCUCUUUCUCCAAGUACACCUGGCACAUCACCAAUCUGCUGCAGGUCAAACGCAUCUUUGACACAACAGAGCUACCAUUGGAGCUCACUCAGAGUUUUGUAAAAAACGUGGACGGCUCUUACUCACGUUUUCGCUGUCCAGAGCCUCCACCUGAGCCAGAAUUACCUGAUGGAUGCAGGACAGAUCGGCCGCAAGCGAUACGACCGAUGGAGCUCCGCACGUUCCUUAAAGUUGGGCCGGGCACAGCCGAUCAGAAGGAAGCCAGUCCGUUUGUGAUUGAAUGGAUCCCUGAUGUUCUGCCUCGCUGUCAGAUGGGAGAGCUCAGGAUCAGCUUUGAGUUUGGCCAUCAGCAGAGCGGCCAAUCGGAGCUUCACGAAAAAAUGAGUGUGGCAGAAAAAGGAGGUCGCAGCAAGUUAGACUGUACCCAAAGCAAAGACAAGAAGGCCGAUGACAUUCUUCAAGUCGUUGUGCAAUAGCCCUCUAAUCUUGUCUUUACUAUGGAGUCUUACAUUUACAUCAGCAAUAGGCAACCAGUGAUGCGCGGUCAGGUUCAUGUCUAGUGAGGCACUGACUCCUCUGGAGUCAGAUUUACAAUUAUAAGAACUGAAAAGAGCAACUUAUUUCACUAUUCAUCCAAUAGCGUGCAACUACUGACAAUGCUUCAUAUCCCAUCAGCAUUCCUCUUUCAGUUACACUCGCAGUGUGAGGUUGCCCCCUUGAGGUGAGGCAGAAUACUGCCUACCCCACUUGCUAACUUUUCUCUGUACUUUAUUGAACGAUCAGCAGGAAUAUUUCUCUCGCACGUACAUUAAAGACAUUACACAGACUGUAGAGAGUCAUGGUGUAAAACAAAUAUUUCUGUAAAGUUCAUAUUGGCGAUAUGCUGAGGAACAGAAACGGACACAUGUCAUGCAACCCGGUUUGUAUUGGAUCGCUCAGUCAGAGGUGAGGCACAGCUCACCCCUGCCUCACCCAGAGUUUCUGCCCUGGAAUUGGUCCAGGAAAUACUCAAAUUCAGCCUAUUACUUAAAAAAAAUGUCAAAAACGUGUAGAGUCCUACUGAAAAUGUUUUUUUUUAACACAAAUCAGUGGAAAAUAAUAUUUAUUUAAUGUACUCUUUUUCUUUUUUGUGAUGGCUGGUGAGGCACUUCCUCGCCUGCCUCUCCUGACCGCCUGUCACUGUAGCCAACCCACACAUAGAGUAUGUGACCUCAUAUAAAAUCAGUGCAUUUCUGUUACAAUGCAAGAUGUGAAUAAUCAGCUGCCUUCGUCUUUGUGACAAGUUUAACUUAAAAAGACUUUUUUUUCUCCUGUCUUUCAGCUUGUUCUAAAGCUUUUUAGGGUCAGCACUGAAGGGAGUUAUGUGCUCUGUAGGAGAAUAUUUAAGUAUUCUUAAAGCCUUGUUGGUAAUCCGAGCUUUUCUUCCUGGACUUGAUAAAAUCCCAGUGCAACAUAUUGACAUAGUUGUUUGUAUUCAAUCAUGUCACCUUUGCAGACUCAUGUAUUUCUUGUAAACUGGUGGUCAAACGCACUAACGCUGUGCAAGAAAGAUGCGUUGUUCGAGUAUUUUCAAAGUUCCAAUGCAAGGUCACACACUAGAUACCUCAAAAAACGUUAUCUUCAUUAUAAAGAUUGCUUGAACAUCCUGGUAAAUGAACCAAAAACAUCAGCUCAUGGUAAAAUUACAUAAUGGAGUAUUCAUGGUAUUUGGAAGGAAGUCGAUGUUCACCCAGAAGGACAAACCAGCUUUUUACCACACCAUACUACGUAAAAUGAUUUUGUACCUACUCAGUGAAAGGAGCUAAAAAAAGAAGCUACUGUCUCACAUUCCACCUUUUUGGAUCAAUAAUCUGACCAAUCAGAGGAGAAUGAGCCAUUGGAGCGCGGUCUUAAAGAGGUAGAAGCUAAAAUGGAGCAUAAAGAGAAGCAGCAUCAUAUGGACGGAGAACCAGACGAGAUGCAAAACAAGUUGUUAGAAAGAUGAAUUUUAUUCAUUUUUGUAGAUUUUGAUUCAGCAAGUCACCUGACUGUCCAUUUUUAUAACCCGUCUUUUACUCAUAGGCCUUUAACUCAACCUGAGACUUGGUCUUAUUUGGUUUUGGAUUUAUUUUAUUUAGUUUUUAUUCUGCCUCUCGUCUGCUAAUUGCCGGGACAGGCUCCAGCCCCCAUGACUCUCCGGCGGAAUAAGCGUUCUAGAAAAUAAAUGAAUGUUUUUUUAUUGGUUGGAGUCGGUCUUAUCCAUUUGCCUGCUUUUAAACUUUAAUAAUUUUAAAUGUGUGCUUUUUUAUGCAGUUCUUUGACUUUUCUCGGAUGUGCAGCACUUUGUUUCAGCUGUGGCUGCUGUUGGAGCGAUUUAUAAAUAAAAUGAUGAUGAGGAUGACAGAACUGAAAAUCAUUCAAUAGUUUACAUAAUUUGUUCAUUGCUGACUAAAGUAGAGAUGAUAUUUGUCAGUGUGACCGUAUUUUUUCACAGCCAUUUAGCACUGGUUUGCGAGUUAAGGUUCGUAUAAGCUGUGUGUUGCUAACAGGUUUUGGGUAUCGCAAUGGGAGGAUUUGGAAAAAUAAAAAUGAAAAUUUUAAUGCUUGUGUGAUAGCCAAAGAGUUAUGUUGAAUCUGUAUCUUCUUCCACAUGUUUGGGGAGUCUCCAAACAUACUCUUGUUUUCUUGUAGCAACAUCCAGUCUUCCAUAAGGAUCUUGUUGGUUAAACUAGUCUUAUGUACAAAUUCUCAAACCCUUGCCUGGCAGCCUCUCCUCUCUGAUUAAAUGCCUUUCUUGUUUUGACUGUG